UGGACACAGUCCCGAGAUAAUACAUUUGCGAAAAACCGAAUUACAUAUCUCAUUUCAAAUUCAUUUGCGGAGGACACAACAAUGUUUAGUUCUUCUUCUUCUUCUUCGAUGUUGCCGAGGUACUAUGAUGUUCCUGAUUCUCACUUUGUUCCAAAAAAGUUUCAAUCUUUUCAAUUUCUUAAAAACACCCAUUUCAAUUUCAUUCCUUAUUCUUCUUCUAAAAUAAAUUUUAUUUCUUAUUCUUCAACUUCAACCACAUUCCAUAGUAAUAAUGAUGUUGAUGAUGCUGUUUCUUUGUUCAAUCGCUUGCUCCGUCGGAAUACCACUCCACCUGCCUUCGAAUUCAAUAAGAUUUUAGGUUCCCUUGUCAAAUCCAAACAUUACCACACUGUUCUUUACCUUUCUCAAAAAAUGGAAUUUAGAGGAAUUAAACCUAACUUAGUCAAUUGCAACAUCCUUAUCAAUUGUUUCUGUCAAUUGGGUCUUAUCCCUUUUGCUUUUUCUGUUUUCGCAAAGAUUCUCAAAAUGGGUUACGUGCCAGAUACCAUAACCUUCACUACACUCAUCAAGGGUCUUUGUCUCAAAGGUCAGAUCCAGCAAGCAUUUCUCUUUCAUGAUAAGGUGGUGGCGCUUGGAUUUCAUUUCGACCAAAUUAGCUAUGGGACCUUGAUCCAUGGCUUAUGUAAGGUAGGAGAAACAAGAGCAGCCCUUGACUUACUCCAACGAGUUGAUGGUAAUUUGGUUCAGCCUAAUGUGGUAAUGUACAACACCAUUAUUGAUAGCAUGUGCAAAGUUAAACUUGUUAAUGAAGCUUUUGAUUUAUUUUCUGAAAUGAUUUCUAAGGGGAUUUCUCCCGAUGUUGUUACUUACAGUGCUUUAAUUAGUGGUUUUUGCAUUCUUGGUAAACUGAAUGAUGCAAUUGAUCUGUUUAAUAAAAUGAUAUUGGAAAACAUCAAACCGGAUGUGUAUACUUUUAAUAUAUUGGUUAAUGCAUUUUGUAAGGACGGAAAGAUGAAAGAAGGUAAAACUGUGUUUGAUAUGAUGAUGAAACAAGGCAUCAAACCUAAUUUUGUUACUUAUAACUCUUUAAUGGAUGGAUAUUGCCUAGUUAAAGAAGUGAAUAAGGCUAAGAGUAUAUUCAACACUAUGGCUCAGGGGGGAGUGAAUCCUGAUAUUCAGAGUUACAGUAUCAUGAUUAACGGGUUUUGUAAGAUUAAAAAGUUUGAUGAAGCCAUGAAUCUCUUUAAAGAAAUGCAUCGCAAAAACAUUAUUCCUGAUGUCGUAACUUACAGUUCCCUUAUUGAUGGUUUAAGCAAAUCAGGGAGAAUCUCAUAUGCUUUGCAGCUUGUCGAUCAGAUGCAUGAUAGAGGUGUACCACCUACUAUACGUACUUACAAUUCUAUAUUAGAUGCUUUAUGCAAAAUCCAUCAAGUUGACAAAGCAAUUGCAUUGUUAACGAAAUUGAAAGACAAGGGUAUUCAACCAAAUAUGUACACAUACAGUAUUCUUAUCAAAGGACUGUGCCAAAGUGGAAAACUGGAGGAUGCACGUAAAGUUUUUGAAGGUCUUUUGGUCAAAGGCCAUAAUCUAAAUGUCGAUACAUAUACCAUUAUGAUCCAAGGGUUUUGUGUCGAGGGCUUGUUUAAUGAAGCGUUGGCCUUGCUGUCAAAAAUGGAAGACAAUGGCUGCAUUCCAGAUGCUAAAACUUAUGAAAUAAUUAUCCUUUCUCUGUUCAAAAAAGAUGAAAAUGAUAUGGCAGAGAAACUUCUUCGUGAAAUGAUCGCGAGAGGUCUACUGUAAAACUGAAACUAUGGACAAACUGCAAGUACGUGUGCGGCCAAGUCCUCCACCUGCAAUGCACCUGUGAGUGUGGUGAUGAUGAAAUCUGAGUUUGAAUAUGCAUUCUUCGAUUGUUCAACGGAGUUCUUGAUGUUAUUAAUUAUUAUGAGUUUGUUAUUGUGGAUGUGAUUUCGUGUUCUCAAUUUUGUUGGUGACCAUAAAUUUGAAGGAGUGCGGCCAAGACAGAUUGCUAUAUGGUUUCAGGAGAAGAAAGAAUA